GGCUAUUGAAAGAAGUGAGAAAAGAAAAAAAAAGGGAAGGAAACUUUGAAAGUGAGCGAAUUUGAAAAAAAAAACAAAAACAAAAGAUCGGACUUUGAUUAAGUUCGAGAAGAGAAAUUGAAAGAGAAGGAGGAGGAGACAUUGGAAGCAUUGAGUUUCUCUGCCGAUCAGAAAACAGAAAUAUUUGCACACACAUAUACAUACACACAGGCGCGUAUACAAAUACAGAUUAGACGUAUUUAAGAGUGUGUAUCCUCUGUCCAGAGAUAUUUAUUCAUUCAGAGAGACAAGUUUGAAUAGUCCAAGUUAUAUAUAGAUAUAUAUAUAUAUAUACACAUACGGAGUGUGUUCCGUACGUUUUCGAGAAGAUGUCGCACAAGAUGCAAAAUCAAAGCGCACCACUUGUCCAUGGGGGCAACUUUCAGAGAACGCCCAUGCGCCCGAUGAUAGCAGAAUACGACCCAAAGAAGCACGGUGUGAAAACAGAACUGUCAGACAUGGUUCUCGUCAAAUACAAAUGCGAGAAAAAUGACGUACCAAUCACCGUUACUAAUGGGUCUACUUUACCUCUCGUGGAACGUCCCAAUGACGAAGAGGCAGCCCUUUAUGAUCCAUUCGAACAUCGAAAGUUAGCCCAUCCAACCUCGGAUCUUGACACUCUGAUACAUUUACUAAAAGGAAGUCUUGGUACUGGCAUACUGGCUAUGCCAUUGGCCUUUAGAAAUGCUGGACUCAUUUUUGGCCUAUUCGCGACUUUCUUCAUCGGUGCGGUUUGCACUUAUUGUGUACAUAUAUUGGUCAAAUGUGCACACGCUCUUUGUAGAAGGACACAAACACCAAGUUUGGGAUUUGCUGAUGUUGCCGAAGCAGCUUUUCUCGUUGGACCCGAAGGCGUACAAAAAUAUGCUCGUCUUGCCAAGGCUACCAUCAAUCUCUUUCUCGUAAUUGAUCUGAUCGGAUGCUGUUGCGUAUAUAUCGUUUUUAUCGCUACGAAUCUCGAAGAGGUUGUAACUUAUUACACACAUAUUGGCCAAGAAUGGGAAACAGUUAAUCGAUUAAGAUUAUACAUGGCAGCACUUUUACCAUUUCUCAUAAUAUUUUCUCUCGUGAGAAAUCUCAAAUAUUUGGCACCAUUUUCUAUGUUUGCCAAUAUAUUGAUAGCCACAGGAAUGGGAAUAACAUUCUAUUACAUAUUUACGGAUUUACCAACGAUCAGCGAUGUACCUAACUUUUCUACCUGGGCACAACUUCCACUCUUCUUUGGUACUGCAAUAUUUGCUCUUGAAGGCAUUGGUGUUGUAAUGCCUUUGGAAAACAACAUGAAAACCCCAACCCAUUUCAUUGGUUGUCCAGGAGUAUUAAAUACUGGAAUGUUCUUCGUCGUAUUGUUGUACAGUACUGUUGGUUUCUUCGGUUAUUGGAAAUACGGUGAAAAAACUGCAGCAUCAAUCACAUUAAAUCCACCCCAAGACGAAAUACUCGCUCAAUCAGCUAAAAUCAUGAUAGCCGUUGCUAUAUUCUUCACUUAUGGAUUACAAUUCUACGUACCAAUGGAAAUCAUAUGGAAAAACAUUCGACAUUAUUUUGGUUCUAGAAAAGUAUUAGCCGAAUAUUCGUUAAGAAUAUUUUUGGUAAUUUUCACGGUAUCCGUAGCAAUUGCUAUGCCAUCGUUAGGUCCAUUCAUUUCGUUGGUUGGUGCUGUUUGUUUGUCAACACUUGGUAUGAUGUUUCCAUCGGUCAUCGAAUUGGUCACAGUUUGGGAACAAGAAAAUGGCCUUGGAAGGUAUAAAUGGAGACUUUGGAAGAAUCUUGCUAUAAUAUGUUUCGGUGUUCUCGGCUUUUUAACUGGCUCAUAUGUCAGCAUCAAAGAAAUCAUUGAACAAAAGUGAACAUUUUAUUGGGGCAAGAUGAGGAGCGGCGCCGAACACGAAUAACAAAUCAUUUUUCUUGCGUAUUACAAACGCCCGAUUGUGUUUAAGUUCGCACGCUCGCUCGCAUUCCUAUUUUCCGGAAGGAUAAUUGCCUGGAAGAAGCAGAAGAAGCAGAAAUAGAUGAUGCAAACGACGAUGAAGUGAAGAUGAAGAUGAAGCUGAAGAUGUAUGAUGAAAAUGACAAUGAAGAUGAAGAGAUGAGUAUGAGGAUGAAGAUGAAAAGAUCGGCUACGGCCUAGAAUGACGUUCGAAAGGACACACACAGACACACACGCAUACAUCAUUAUGUACGAAUAAUGAAAAACGAUUAAACUAGGAAAGUAAUCGCGAGAAUAUGAGUACGAGCUGCUUAGAAUAUUUUAU